AUGGUACAUCUAUCAUUAGCUCGAUAUGCAUCUAUUGGUUUUCUUGGUCUUGGUAAUAUGGGUAAACAUAUGGCAACAAAUUUAAUUGCAGCUAAUCAUCAUGUAACAAUUUUUGACAGUAGUCCACAAGCACUUGAUCAUUUUAAAGAACAAAAACAAGCUAAAAUAGCGUCUGUGCCACAGAAAGCAGUGGCAGAUUCAGAAUUUGUUGUUUUAAUGUUACCUAAUGGUAAAAUUGUACGUGAUGUUUGUCAAUCAAAUAUUUUUUCUACGGCUAAAAAAGGCACAUAUAUUAUUGAUUGUAGCACAAUUGAUGUACAAACAUCUAAAGAAAUGGCGGAACUGGCUCGAAGUAAACAAUUAAAGUUUGUUGAUGCUCCUGUAUCAGGCGGUACUACUGGUGCUGAAAAAGGUACAUUAACAUUUAUGGUUGGUGGUCAACCAGAUGAUUUUAAAGCUGUCGAACCUAUUCUUAGUAAAAUGGGCAAAAAUAUUGUCCAUGCCGGUGCAAAUGGUAGUGGUUUAGCAGCUAAAAUUUGCAAUAAUCUCCUCUUAGCAAUUAGUAUGAUUGCCACAGCAGAAGCAAUGAGUCUCGGUAUCAAACUUGGUCUCAACAAAGAUGUAUUAGCCAAACUGAUCAAUUCUUCAAGUGGUCAAUGUUGGUCAAGUCAAACAUAUAAUCCGUGUCCUGGUGUUGUUGCUAGUGUACCAUCUAGUAAUGAUUACAAUGGUGGUUUUGCUAGUGAACUGAUGACUAAAGAUCUGGUGCUUGCUCUUGAGGCAGCAAAACAAGUAAAAGCUUCAACUCCAUUAACGAAAGAAGCUACUGAACUCUAUAAUCAACUUUGCUCAAAUGGAUUCAAUAAAAAAGAUUUUAGUGUUAUUUUUAAAUAUCUCAAUGAACAAUGA